AUGAUAUCUAGCAAGAAAAAGAGAGAAAGAGCUGCUCGCAUCGAAAGAGAGGAGAAAUUAAACAAUUUUUUUUAAAGAGAAAGACGGAAAGACAUCAGGAGUAUGUGGCUGCCGAAAAGGAAGGAUUUUUUUUCGAUUACUAAAACUACAAUUGUUCAACCUAUGCCAAUGGAAAUGGGCCAGCCACAUUCGGCGCCUAGAGGCCGUCUGACGUUUAGUAUGCAUUACCAAUACAAGUACGAGUCCAACACGUCGUCAUUUUUUUUUUAGCUGCUCAACGCAUCUGACCUGCCGCCGAACGACACCGAACCGUUAGACGUGUUUGUUAAAACUCAAAUGAUACCAAGUCGAAAACAGCUUUUCAUCUCGAAAGUUCUUCGACAAACGCUACACCCUUAUUUCAAUGAAACGUAUGAAUUUGAAAUAUCAUACCACGAACUCCAAACGCAAAAGCUACUCUUCAACGUUAUGGAAUACGACUGUCUAUCGCGUCAUGAACUGAUUGGUGAGGUGUUGGUGAACUUAGCAGAUCUCGGAACUCACGGAUUUAAUAUUUUACGCGAGGUCACGCUGUGCAUCAACAUCGCAAAGCCGAAUAGCGGUGAACGGAAAGAUACGUUUUUUUUUUGUUUAGACUAA